GUCGUCAGCCAGACAGUGAAACGCCAGCGUGACACUGCCCAAAAUGGACGCCGUCGAGGUAGCGCUCGUCGCUUCGCCGUUCGCGAACCUGGCGCCGCUGUACGAGGUCGACCCGGACGCCGACGCGCUGUUGAUCGUGCCGCCAGUCAACCAGGACUUCGCUCCAUGGCGCGAGCCGCAUCAACCCGGCGAGGUAAACGGCGUGCUCAAGACGUCGUCAACAACUGCGGCAGCCGCUCCCGCAUCGCGGCCUGGCCUGCGCAUCAAGGUGUCGUCCAAGCACCUCACGCUCGCCUCCCGCGUGUUCCGAAACAAGCUGCAGUUCGGCAGCUCCCGGGCGGCGCGGCAGUCCGACGGCCGCAUCCACCUCAAGCUGGCCGACGGCUUCGACCCCAAGGCGGUCAGCAUUGUCAUGAACGCGGUGCACGGCCGGGGGUCCAAGGUGCCCAAGGCGGUGGACCUCGACACGCUGGCGCAGAUCGCCCUGUUCGUCGACCGCUUCCAGCUGCUGGACGCGGUCGAGGUGUACGCCGAGCGGUGGAUCGCCAAGCUGGAGAGCUCGGUCCCGGACGCCGACGGCCGCGACCUGGUGCUGUGGAUCUACGCCAGCCACGUGUUCCGCCACGCCGCCAUCUUCCACGCCGUCACCAAGUCCGCCGCUGCCCGCUCGGCCGGCCCGAUCCCGACGCUCGGCCUCCCAAUCCGCGAGAAGAUCAUCCAAACAAUCGACGCAAACCGCCAAACCCUCCUCACCCGUGCCCUGUCCCUCGUCCACAGCACAGUCGACGACCUCCUCACCACCACCCCCACCCCCACCGCCACAACAGCCACCUCAAGCUCCGCCGGCGGGGCGAAGGGAGGGGUGGUCGAGGAGGAGGUGGAGGUUGAGCCGUGGCAUCGGAACGGGAAUGGCUAUGGGAAUGUGAAUGGUCAUGCGGUCAAUGAGCAGGAGGGUGUGAAGAAGACGUCUGGUUGGGGUGCUGUCGGCGGGGGGUUGCCGGUUACCCCGGUGGCAUCGCCUGAGCCAGUGUACCGCAGCGCACGUGGCGUGUUUGAGCAGGUGCAUGAGUGUGACGCGACGAGGGUGGUGGCGCGGUUGGACGAGCUCGGAAAGCUGGCCGACGAGGUGGACGGGCUCGUCCUGGAGAGCAGCCUGGGAUAUCAGCGGUAUUAGGGUCUGGCAGACGUGCUUGAAGAGGUGUUUGGGGUGAAGGGGACCGAAAGACGUUCCUAGCCUGAAGUGGGCUCUGCUUGGGCUGGUGCUUUUGUGUGCGAUUCAAAUGGCGCCAGCAGAGUUUACGCCAGGACUGUUUGAGAACAGUGCUAUCUAUCAUUCCCUUCCCUUACCUUAUGUACAUUAAUCUUUUUUUAGCCCUUUGUCGCCUUACCUAACACAGUAUCUCUAGGCAAAUCCAAACUUUUCUUUGGUCCCUGGA